GCGACGUCGGGGUUUGUGUGCGCGAGAGGCCACCGAUAAAGGUUGGGUGCCUCGCGCCGGGGGCCGUUGGGAGGGAGCGCGCCCCCGCCCCCCUCCCCGGCCCCCACUCCUGCCCCGCCGCUGCCGGGGCCCCGCCUUCCCGUCGGCCCCCGCGGGACGACCUGGGUCUCCCCGGCUCGUUCCCCCGGUCGGGGCCGCAGGUGUGAUGGUCGGCUCCCACGCAGACAUGGCGCCGGCCUCGACCGCCGAGGGCGCCGGGGAGAAGCCCGGCCCCGCAGCCCCCGCCCCGGCGGCCCAGUACGAGUGUGGGGAGUGCGGCAAGUCGUUCCGGUGGUCGUCGCGGCUCCUGCACCACCAGCGCACGCACACGGGCGAGCGGCCCUACAAGUGCCCCGACUGCCCCAAGGCCUUCAAGGGCUCCUCGGCCCUGCUCUACCACCAGCGGGGCCACACGGGCGAGCGGCCCUACCAGUGCCCCGACUGCCCCAAGGCCUUCAAGCGCUCGUCCCUGCUGCAGAUCCACCGCAGCGUGCACACGGGCCUGCGCGCCUUCACCUGCGGCCAGUGCGGCCUGGCCUUCAAGUGGUCGUCGCACUACCAGUACCACCUGCGGCAGCACUCGGGCGAGCGGCCCUACCCCUGCCCCGACUGCCCCAAGGCCUUCAAGAACUCGUCCAGCCUGCGGCGCCACCGGCACGUGCACACGGGCGAGCGGCCCUACACGUGCGGCGUGUGCGGCAAGAGCUUCACGCAGAGCACCAACCUGCGGCAGCACCAGCGCGUGCACACGGGCGAGCGGCCCUUCCGCUGCCCGCUCUGCCCCAAGACCUUCACGCACUCCUCCAACCUGCUGCUGCACCAGCGCACGCACGGCGGCCCCGCCGCGCCCGCCCCCGGCACCCCCACGCCGCGCGAGCCCGCCGCCAAGGCCCUGGGCGCGGCCGCCUACCUGCAGCGUCCCCUGCCGCCGCCCAGCCCGCCCGCGCCGCCGCCGCCCGCGCCGCCGCCCGUGGUGCCCGAGCUCUUCCUGGCCGCCGCCGAGACCACGGUGGAGCUGGUGUACCGCUGCGACGGCUGCGAGCUGGGCUUCGGCAGCGAGGAGCUGCUCCUGGAGCACCAGCCGUGCCCCGGGCCCGAGGCGGCGCCGGCGGCCCAGGUCGGGCCUCCGGACGCGCCUAAGGUCGACCCUCCGCCGGUGCCCUCGCUGUCCCCGCCCGCCGCCCUGCCGCCGCCGCCGCCCGCCGCCGCCGCCCCUGGCUUCGCCUGUCUGCCCUGCGGGAAGUCCUUCCGAACGGUGGCCGGCCUCUCGCGCCACCAGCACAGCCACGGCGCGGCCGGCGGCCAGGCGUUCCGCUGCGGCAGCUGCGAUGGCGCCUUCCCGCAGCUCGCCAGCCUCCUGGCGCACCAGCAGUGCCACGUGGAGGAGGCGGCGGCCGGGCGCCCGCCCCCUCAGGCCGAGGCUGCCGAGGUCACCUGCCCCCAGGAGCCGCUGGCCCCCGCCGCCGCCGCGCCCCCGCCGCCCGCGCCCGCGGCCGCAGCCGCCGAGCGGCCGUACAAGUGCGCCGAGUGCGGCAAGGCCUUCAAGGGCUCGUCGGGGCUGCGCUACCACCUGCGGGACCACACGGGCGAGCGGCCGUACCAGUGCGGGGAGUGCGGGAAGGCAUUCAAGCGCUCGUCGCUGCUCGCCAUCCACCAGCGCGUGCACACGGGCCUGCGCGCCUUCACCUGCGGUCAGUGCGGCCUCACCUUCAAGUGGUCGUCGCACUACCAGUACCACCUGCGGCUGCACUCGGGCGAGCGGCCCUACGCCUGCGGGGAGUGCGGCAAGGCCUUCCGAAACACAUCGUGCCUGCGGCGCCACCGGCACGUACACACGGGCGAGCGGCCGCACGCCUGUGGCGUGUGCGGCAAGAGCUUCGCCCAGACCUCCAACCUGCGGCAGCACCAGCGCGUGCACACGGGCGAGCGGCCCUUCCGCUGCCCGCUCUGCCCCAAGACCUUCACGCACUCCUCCAACCUGCUGCUGCACCAGCGCACGCACUCGGCCGAGCGUCCCUUCGCCUGCCCCAUCUGCGGCCGCAGCUUCGUCAUGGCCGCCUACUUGCAGCGCCACCUGAGGACGCAUGCCCCGGCCAGUGCGGCUGCCAGCCCUGCGGCCCCUGCCGCCGGCCCCCAGCCCUCCGCCCCCCUGGCUGCGGCUCCAGCCCCCUCUGCCACUCAAGAUGUCCACGUGCUCCCCCACCUCCAGGCCACGCUCUCCCUAGAGGUGGCAGGGGGCCCGGCCCAGGCCCCGCCUGCAGGCCCGGCAGCCCCCAACUCCCAGACAUUUCUCUUGGUGCAGACUGCCCAGGGUCUCCAACUCAUCCCCAGCAGCGUGCAGCCCCCUACGCCCCCGCCCCCACCCGCACCCCCCAAGCUCAUCCUGCUGCCCUCCUCCAGUACUGGUGGUGGGGGCGGCCGUGCAAGGCAGGGCCCCCGCGCUGUGGGGAAAGCUGGUCAGGGGGCUGGAGUAGUUUGGCUGCCCGGCCCUGGGGGGCUGGGGGUGCAGGGAGGGGGCAACGCCGGGGCCAGCGGGGGAGGGCAGAGCCUCAUCGUUCUGCAGAAUGUAGGGAGUGGGGAGGCGGGGCCACAGGAAAUGAGUGGGGUCCAACUCCAGCCCCUCCGGCCAGCCCCGGAAGUAACCACGGUCCAGCUCCAGCCGGCACAGGAGGUGACCACGGUCCAGCUCCAGCAGGCACAGGAGGUGACCACGGUCCAGCUGCAGCCGGCACAGGAAGUGACCACGGUCCAACUCCAGUCUGUGGCGGGCCAGCUGUCCAAUCCUAGUGCAGGAACAGUGACCACUGAGGCCCCCAACCUGCUGGUGGUUCAGAGUGGAGCAGCAGAGGAAUUACUGGCGGGCCCCAGCCCUGGGGAGCCGGGUGACGGCGAGGCCAGCGCUGGUGUGGUCCAGGAUGUGCUCUUUGAGACGCUGCAGACUGACGAGGGAUUGCAGAGCGUCCUGGUGCUGAGCGGGGCCGAUGGGGAGCAGACCCAGCUGUGUGUGCAGGAGGUAGAGACCCUCCCCCCGGGGCUGGCUGAGCCGCCUGCCCCCGGCCCCUCGGGACAGAAACUGCUCAUCAUCCGCAGUGCCCCGGCCACCGAGCUGCUGGAAAACAGCAGCGUUGGGGGAGGCGCCGCCACGCUGCAGCUGCUGGCCCCACCGCCACCUGGCCCAGCCUCGCUCCCCGCGGGCAUCCCUGCGGCUCCCACUUCCCAGAUGGUACAAGUGGUCCCUGCAGGAACUGCGCCUGGGGGCAUGACCCCACAGAGCCUGCCCUCCAUCCAGAUUGUCCAGACUCUGCCCACAGUCCAGCUGGUGCACACGUUUUGAGUAGAACCACUGGUACCUCUUCCUGCCCCACACAGAGACCCCGACUUUCUGUCUGCCUGGUUGGGCUGGGGGGAGGGGAGCUGCAGGCCGGGCUUGCUAAUAAAGACCAGAACCUCC